UCAAUGUAAACAAUCCUUCUGUUUUGUUGUUGUUGUUGUCGUUGUUCUUAACUUAAAACUCCACACAACACACUCAGUGCAUUGUGCUAAUAACGCUUUUACUUUCACAUGAAAGCACAAUCUUGACCCAGGCAAAUACAAGGUAUGAGGUUAAUAUAAUGUCAAUCACGUGGUAACACCACCAGGCGCAUUUUAAGUUUUCGUAACUUACUCAAGCGAAUUUCAACAUUGCAGUACAAGGAAAUCGAACCAGCGACCUUCUGAUAACAAGACGUUGGCUCUAUCCCCGAGCUACAGCCGCCUACGCUCACGCUUCAUCUAUUUUAGCGAAUAUGUUUUUGAGGACGAGGUCAGAAGCCCCACAGACAUCUGAGACAUCCCUUAUUUCUCCUCGGUUCUCCUUGGUUUAGCUGGCGCCGAGCAGCAGAUUGUUCUCGUGCAGCACCGUGUGAACCCUGGAUCAUCACACACAGCACCACACUGUACAGAGAGGAGCUUCUUGUCCACAUUCCCCUGAAUUUACGCAGAAACGGUCCUACUGACAUCUUGCAUGGCCAAUAGCUGAUCACAAUGAUUAUUCCCACGGACCAAUCACAGCCGCCGUUCCGUCCCGUCUCACGCAGGGCGACACUAAGCUGGGAGCAUUUCAGCACCUGGGAGCUGUCCGUUGAACACGAGCCAACUGACCACCGACGGUGAGGAUGGCCAAGGUGAAGCAGGUGGGCUUGCUGGCAGCAGGAUGUCAGCCCUGGAAUAAAGAUGUGUGUGCUGCUAGUGGAGACCGCUUCGCCUACUGUGCUACUUUGGCUAUAUACAUCUACCAGUUGGACCAGCAGUAUAAUGAAUUUAAGUUGCGAUCCAUCAUGUCAGAACACAAGAAGACCAUUACAGCCAUCAGCUGGUGUCCUGACAACCCUGAUCUGUUUGCGUCAGCCUCUGCUGAUAACCUGCUCAUCGUAUGGAACGUAGCAGAACAAAAGGCUGUAGCAAGACUGGACAAUACUAAAGGUGUCCCCACGUCAGUCAGUUGGUGCUGGAACUCAGCUGACGGGGUGGCAUUUGUCUCCCAGCGUGGUCCACUAUAUAUCUGGGUCUAUGGAGGUCCCGACCCCGGGGUCACAGUGCAUAAAGACGCACACUCCUUCCUAUCUGAUAUCUGUCUCUUCAGAUGGCACCCUACCAAAAAGGGCAAACUGGUGUUUGGACACACAGAUGGAAGUUUGUCUAUUUUCCAGCCAGGGAGCAAAAGCCAAAAGCAUGUGCUGCGUCCAGAAGCAUUAGAGGGGACGGAUGAAGAGGACCCAGUCAGUGCUCUGGAGUGGGACCUUUUGUCGACAGACUAUUUAUUAGUGUCUAACCUCCAUAAUGGUAUCAGGCUGGUGGACAGUGAGGCCUUGGCUUGUAUCACGUCCUUCUGCUUCCCCUCAGCUGCUGCAUCAGUUCAGUGUCUGGCCUGGGUCCCCUCUGCACCAGGCAUGUUCAUCACCGGAGAUUCUCAGGUUGGAGUGUUGAGGGUGUGGAAUGUGUCUCGCUCCACUCCUUUGGACAGCUUUAAACUGAAAAAGACUGGAUUUCAUGCUUUGCAUGUCUUUAACUCCCCUCUUGCCAAGAAAGCACAGAGUUCCUGUUCUCCCAGUAAAAGUCAGCACACUAGCUCCACCAGUGAGGCAGUACCUCCACCAACCCUGUCACAGAGCCGAACCUUCUCUCUGCCUCCUGGCCAUGCUGUGUGCUGUUUCAUGGACGGAGGGGUGGGACUCUAUGACAUGGGCGCCAAAAAGUGGGACUUUCUACGAGACUUGGGUCAUGUAGAGACUAUAUUCGACUGUAAAUUUAAGCCAGAUGAUCCCAACCUGCUGGCCACUGCUAGUUUUGAUGGAACCAUCAAAAUCUGGGACACAAACACACUAACAGCUGUUUACACCUCCCCUGGGAAUGAAGGAGUGGUAUACUCCCUGUCCUGGGCUCCAGGAGACCUGAACUGCAUUGCAGGGGCGACAUCUCGUAAUGGAGCGUUCAUCUGGGACGUCAGGAAAGGAAAGAUCAUCACUCGCUUUAAUGAGCAUGGUAAGAAUGGUAUAUUCUGUAUAUCGUGGAGCCAUAAAGAUUCCAAGAGGAUUGCUACCUGUAGUGGAGAUGGAUUCUGUAUCAUCCGGACCAUUGAUGGUAAAAUUCUUCACAAGUACAAACAUCCUGCUGCUGUAUUUGGAUGUGACUGGAGCCAAAACAACAAGGAUAUGAUCGCGACAGGCUGUGAGGAUAAGAAUGUCCGUGUGUACUACCUGGCCACCAGCUCUGAUCAGCCUCUGAAGGUCUUCAGUGGGCACUUGGCUAAAGUAUUCCAUGUUCGCUGGUCUCCUCUCAGAGAGGGGAUACUAUGUUCUGGAUCAGAUGACGGUACCGUUCGUAUAUGGGACUACACACAGGAUGCAUGUAUCAAUGUGCUGGGUGGUCAUAAAGCUCCAGUCAGAGGCUUGAUGUGGAACACAGAGGUUCCCUACCUGCUCAUUUCAGGUUCUUGGGAUUAUACAAUCCGAGUGUGGGACACAAGAGAUGGAACAUGUCUAGAUACAGUCUAUGACCACGGAGCUGAUGUCUAUGGUUUGACAUGUCAUCAGAGUCGUCCGUUCACCAUGGCCAGCUGUAGCAGAGACAGCACAGUGAGGCUGUGGUCUCUCACACCCCUCAUCUCUCCACUGCUGCUGAACAUCCUCACUGAGCAGCCUUGGGAAAAGAUCAUAGGAAACACAGACACAGCGAUGGUUCCUGGCUCACCGCCGCUGCUCUGUGGGAAAGUGUCCCGAGACAUCAAGCAGGAGUUGGAUAAACUGAGCAUAGACAUCAGGGCCAAGAAACUGCGCUGGUUUUCUGAAUGCUUUUCGCCUCCAGGAGGCAGCAGUAACGUGUGGGACUUGGUGUCAGUCAUCAAUGGCCAGGAUGACUCACUGCUACCAGCCAGCUACAGCAAAGGAGUGAUGCACAUGAAACACCUGCUCAAGUUUAAAACGUCUGAAGCACAGGAGCUCACUAUAGUCAAGAUGUCUAAAUUUGGAGGGGGUAUUGGAGCUCCAAGUAAAGAGGAGAGGCUGAAAGAAGCAGCAGACAUCCAUCUGAGACUGGGACAGAUUCAACGUUACUGUGAACUAAUGGUGGAGCUGGGACAGUGGGAGAAAGCAUUAUCUGUAGCACCAGGAGUGUCCAUGAAGUACUGGGAGAAACUCAUGCAGAGGAGAGCUGACCAGCUAAUGGCUGAGGACAAUGAUGAUGCUAUCCCAUACUGUGUCGCCACAGGAGACAUAAAAAAACUUGUAACUUUCUUCACUGGCAGAGGACAACUGCUGGAAGCCUUAAUAAUAGCACAGGGAGCAUGUGAAGGCAACAUUCGUGCACCUCAAAGUUCUCCAGUCAACCACAUGACAAAUGAUGUGGAUAACAGACAAAGAUACCAGAGUCUCCUCCAUAAGGUGUGUAAGGAACUGGCUGAGUGGUACUUUCAGGAAGGAUACUCUGUCCUGGCAGCAUGCUGCCACCUAGCUGUGGACAACAUUAAGUUAGCCAUGUCUAGUCUGAUCCGAGGUAAUGAGCUGGAGUUGGCUGCCUGUGUGGGUCUCGUCCUAGGAGAGGCAGCCAGUCAGAGCACCACAUACUGCCUUGAACUUUUGGCAAAGAAGUACAUGACCACACCUACAUGGGAGCUCUCAGCUGACCUACUGCAAAUGAUUCCUGACAACCACAUUUUAUUGGCUAAGCUGUGUGCAUUUUACCCAGGAAGUACAGCGGAUAUCAACCAGUUACAUGAAAGGUGUGGUCUCCCUUCAUUAGAGGAGUGUAAGGCCCUGGCAGAAGCAGCCAUGUGUGAAGGAGAUUUGUUUUCAGCAGUUAAAUUCCACCUGCUGAGCUCUGAACCCGAGAACUCCCUGCAGAUAGGGAUCGAUCACGUCAAAGAACAGCUGACUGGAUCUGAUUGGACGGUGGAUAGUGUUCAGCCAAUCCUUGACCUGAUGAGUUACAUUAGAACUGACCGCCUUAUCAUGGCCAAGUUGACUGAAAGUCGCAGUGAGCUGUUGAUCCUGUGUGGUUAUAUUGGAGGUCUGCUGGCCAUUAGAAGACAGUACUCCAGCAUCGUACCUGCACUCUACGAAUACACCAGUCAGUUGUUGAAGAGGAGGGAGGUGUGUGUUCCUCUUAAGAUUGAGCAGCUGUCUGUGGAGUUGGAUGCCUGGAGGGCCUGCACACAAAGUAACAGCAAUCCUCCAUCAGAGUGUCAAAGAGAGGAGUUCAGCUGCCUAGAGAGGAGAGUCCAACCAACAGAUGCCGCUGCCUUAGUCUUAUGUGGUGCUGAUUAUGUGACAGGCUCUAAUCUGCCAAGCCACUCGGAUGUUCAGCUGUCCUGUUUCACUGGACACAGAAUACAGGGUCCAGUGUUUUUGCUGGAGGACGGCAAAUCAGCAAUCUCUCUUAAUGAUGCUCUGAUGUGGGCAAAAGUCAACCCUUUCUCCCCUCUGGGAACAGGACUCCGCAUCAACCCCUUCUAACACACACACACACACACACACACACACACACACACACACACACACACACACACACACACAAAGAAUGAGGACAUUCCAAGGGAAGGGUUCACAUAUUGCAAGGACGGAAGGAAGGAAGGAAGAAACUAAAGCCAGAGAGUGAAGUGUCGUAAUGGAAAAGUAAAAGAAAACUGGGCUGCAAAUUACAUUUUUGUUCAUCAGUAAACUUUUUAUAAUUUACUGAGCCAACAGAUGUGCAGACAUCAAAUAUACAAUAUUUGUAAUUCGGUGAGGAUGAUUUAGUUUCAAAACAGCUCAUUGUUUUGGUAGCUUUUGACAUUGGUUAGCUUAGUUGUUACGUGAUGAGAAAUGAGCAACAUCAACUUCAUGCUUAUUUUUUGAAGAGGGAUUUGUAUUGAAUGAGGUCUGUGAUUUGUUUGGUAGGAUUCCCUCUUUUCUCCAGGAACAAUUUCUCAAAGUAUGAGCAUGUAUAUACAGGGUAUAAAUCUGAAUGACUUUCUUGUCUUGUUGUAAAAACAGAAGAUACUGGAAUAAAGCAAUCACUGCAGAUUUA